UAUUUGACCAGCACCUGCCGAGUGCCGACUCACAUUCUUUUUAAACUCAAAGCUAUUCUCACCUCAGUUCGUCAGUCCUAUUAAAGGAGUUAUCCAUCAACGGUGAACGAUCUACUUCCGGAAAUGGAUGCCGCCAAAACUUACCCAUCUACCGGCUGCCACGUGGUAGCCAUGCCCUAUCCCGGUCGAGGCCACAUCAACCCCAUGAUGAGCCUCUGCAAGCUCCUAGCUUUGAAAAGGCCCCAACACAUUCUCGUCACCUUCGUAGUCACCGAAGAGUGGCUCGGCUUCAUCGGCUCAGACCCUAAGCCGGAUAACAUACGCUUCGCCACCGUACCCAACGUCAUACCUUCCGAGGUGGGUCGCGCCAAAGAUUUUCCCGGCUUCGUGGAAGCCGUAAACACGAAGAUGGAAGCGCCCUUUGAGGAGCUCUUGGACAGGCUUCAGCCGCCGGUGACAGCCAUCGUGGCUGACACUUAUGUGGUUUGGGCUAUUGGAGUUGGGAACCGGAGGAAAAUUCCGGUGGCAUCGCUGUGGCCCAUGUCGGCGACGGUGUUCUCUGUCUUGCACCAUUUUGAGCUCCUCGUGCAGCACGGCCAUUUUCCGAUUGAAGGGUCAGAAUGCAGAGAUGAGCUUGUGGACUACAUUCCAGGAGUGUCUGCUACUCGUAUUGCAGAUCUUCCCACCCUUACGUUAGGAAACAGUCGAGAUCAAGUCUUGGAACGAUGUCUGGAAGGUGUUUCGUUAGUGUCCAAAGCACAGUAUCUUCUAUUCACUUCCGUUUGCGAGCUUGAGGCUGCAGUCAUAGACACUUUAAAAGCAAAGUUGCCUUUUCCGGUUUACCCUAUUGGCCCUGCCAUACCUUAUUUCGAACUUAUACAAAAUUCCUCUGCAACAUAUGGUGAACAUGGCGUCCACUAUUUCCGGUGGCUAGAUUGUCAACCUAUAGGCUCUGUCUUGUAUGUCUCAUUAGGAAGUUUUCUUUCGGUUUCAGCUGCUCAGAUGGAUGAAAUUGCUGGUGGGUUGCGAGAUAGCGGUGUGAGGUACUUGUGGGUGUCACGUGGGGAAACUGAUCGGUUUGGGGAUGCUUGUGGUGGCGAUACGGGUUUGGUGGUGCCUUGGUGUGACCAAUUGAAGGUUUUGUGCCACCCUUCGGUGGGCGGGUUUUGGACGCAUUGUGGAUGGAAUUCAACACUAGAGGCUACUUUUGCCGGCGUUCCUAUGCUUACUUUCCCUCUAUUCUGGGAUCAAAUUCCAAACAGUAAACAGAUUGUAGAGGACUGGAAGGUUGGAUGGAGGGUUAAGAAAGACGUGGAAAUUGAAAAUUUAGUGACGAGGGGAAAAAUCUCAGAGCUUUUGAAAAGGUUUAUGGAUCAAAAGAGCAAAGAGAUGAAUGAAAUGAGGAAAAGAACGAAACAACUCCAAGAGGCCUGUGGGGGCGCAAUUUCUGAAGGUGGAUCGUCUGAAACAAAUCUUGAUGCUUUUAUUGAGGAUAUUUCAAAAGGUCAGAGUGAUUAAGCAGAUUGUUGUGUUAUUUUUCAUUGUUGAUUUAGUUUGUAGCCUAUGGCUCAUAAUUUCAAGAAGUUCAUGUGAAUUUCGGACACUUUAAUCUCGGAUAUCGAUGUAACGACCUCUUCAUUUUCUUUUUUAUUUUCUUUUUAAAUACUUUUUGGUA